UUGACCAUCUGGUUGAAGAGAGAGAAACUGACCAUCUGGUUAAAGAGAGAGAAACUGACCAUCUGGUUAAAGAGAGAGAAACUGACCAUCUGGUUAAAGAGAGAGAAACUGACAAUCUGUUUAAAGAGAGAGUAACUGACCAUCUGGUUAAAGAAAGUGAUAAAGACCGUAAUAAGAGAUGAGAGCAGAACUGAACUGACCGGUCUGUUUCCCGCAGCUCCAACAUGAACUCUUCCUCCUCUGAUGUGAACCAAAGCAGCUCUCCUUUCUGCCUGCUGGGCCUGGGCUACUCCUACAACCUCAACACCUGCGUGCUGGAGGUAUCCGUCAUUCUCUUCCUCACCAUCCUCAUCAUCAGCGGCAACCUGGUGGUGAUCUUUGUGUUCCACUGUGCUCCACUGCUUCACCACCACACCACCAGCCACUUCAUCCAGACCAUGGCCUACGCAGACCUCCUGGUGGGGGUGAGUUGUCUGGUGCCCUCCCUGUCCCUGCUCCACUACCUCAAGGGGCUGGACGAGGAGCUCACCUGUAAGGUGUUUGUCUACCUGGUGUCUGUGCUGAAGAGUGUGUCCAUGGCGUCUCUGGCGUGUAUUAGUGUUGACCGCUACAUCGCUAUCACACGGCCGUUCUCCUAUGCUACGCUGGUCACACCAUGUCGCCUGCGGGUCUGUAUCGGCCUCAUAUGGCUCUACUCCGCCCUCAUCUUCCUGCCCUCCCUCUUCGGGUGGGGGAAGCCUGGCUACCACGGAGAUAUAUUUCGCUGGUGUGCCACCUCGUGGCAGACCGAUCCGGGCUUCAGCUCAUUCAUCGUGGCUGUGCUGUAUGCUCCAGCCACCCUCACUGUGUGUUUCACCUAUGGGAGUAUCUUCCGCAUCUGCCGUCAGCACACCCGCAAGAUCACCCAACGCCUCACACGCUUCGGCCCCCAGGGGAACGAGAGGGGCGAGCGUGGUGAAGGGUGCCUGGAUAAGCGCUACGCCAUGGUGUUGUUCCGUAUUACCAGCGUGUUCUACGUGCUCUGGAUGCCCUACAUCGUCUACUUCCUGCUGGAGAGCGCCGGCCUCUAUUGCCACCUGGUGGCCUCCUUCCUCACCACAUGGCUAGCCAUCAGCAACAGCUUCUGCAACUGCCUCAUCUAUAGUCUCUCCAACAGCAUGUUCCGGAAGGGCCUGGGCCGCCUGUUCACGUCACUUUUCUCCCCCUGUCUGGAACUGGACUGCUGCACCGAGGGGAAGAAGGGUCCUGCUCUACCCAGCCAGCGCCCAGCCCAGGCCUGCUAGGUGUGACAGUCUCCUACAGACACUGUCUGGU